AUGGCUCAAGUGCUGCAGGAAGAAGUGCAGGUGCAACAACAGCAUGGCCUCCAUGAACAGCUGCGCGAAUCACCUCCACAAGCAGCACUGAUCUGCUACUACUCUCUUCUGCUGGCUUGCCCUGUAAUUCUCCUCCUACUCAUGCGCCGGCGCCGCUGUGCGACGUCGUCGGCAGGGGUCGUCACGGCCAGAGCAAGGGAAGAAGAGCUGCUGAGAAGGCUCCCAGCGCCUCCGCGCAAGCUCCCCGUCAUUGGUCACCUACACCUCGUAGGGCCCCUCCCGCACGUCUCCCUCCGUGACCUCGCCGCCGAGCACAGCCGCGACGGCCUCAUGCUCCUCCGCCUCGGCGCCGUCCCCACGCUCGUCGUCUCCUCCCCGCGCGCCGCGCAGGCCGUCCUGCGCACGCACGACCAGGUGUUCGCGUCCCGGGCCUACUCCCCCGUGGCUGACAUCCUCUUCUACGGCUCCACCGAUGUCGCCUUCGCGCCCUACGGCGAGCACUGGCGCCAAGUCAAGAAGAUCUCCACAACGCACCUCCUCACCAACAAGAAGGUGAGGUUGGUGAUGGCCAAGAUUCGCGAGGCGGCGAUCUCAGGCACGGCCGUCGAAUUGAGCGACCUUCUCAGCUCCUUCGCCAACGACAUAGUGUGUCACGCUGUGUCAGGCGAGUAUUUCAGGGAGGAAGGCCGUAACAAGCUCUUCCGAGAGCUGGCUGAAGCGAACUCGUCGCUCAUAGGUGGCUUCAACCUCGAGGACUACUUCCCCGUCUUGGUGAAGCUGGACAUGGUCAAGAGGAUAGUGUGCGCUAAGGCUCAGAAGGUGAACAAGGGAUGGAACGAGCUUCUUGAUAAGCUCAUUGAUGACCAUGCAAAUGCAGCAAGGUCGGAGUCACAGCAUGUCGACGAGGAAAGUGACUUCAUGGAUUUGUUGCUCUCUGUCCAGCAAGAGUACAAGCUCACGAGGGACCAUAUUAAGGCACAACUGGUGGUCAUGUUCCAAGCUGGCACUGAUACAUCAUUCAUAGUGUUGGAAUAUGCUAUGAUUAAGCUCAUGCAGAACCCCAACCUCAUGACCAAGCUCCAAGACGAGCUGAGGAUGACUAUACCGAAGGGGAAAGAAAUUGUUACUGAAGACGAUCUGAAUGGCAUGUCCUACCUAAAGGCGGUCAUCAAAGAGACACUCCGACUCCAUGGACCAGCUCCUCUCCUUGUGCCGCACCUCUCCAUGGCCGAAUGUGACAUAGAGGGCUACACAAUACCGUCUGGAACGCGUGUCAUCGUGAAUGCUUGGGCUCUUGCUAGGGAUCCAACCUACUGGGAGAGUGCUGAGAGGAUUUGCCCAGGAAUAAGCUUUGCGAUUUCUGCUAUAGAGAUCAUGCUAGCAAACCUGGUGUACCACUUCAACUGGGAGCUACCACCAGAAUUGAAGAAAAGUGGCAUUGAUAUGACAGAAUCGUUUGGGGUCACAGUGCACCGAACAGAGAAGCUUCUCCUUGUACCUGUAUUGCCUCAGAACUAG